AUAAUCAACAUAUUAUCGAAGGUGCUUAGAUAUUGAUCCUGUAUUUCGAGGUAGUUCAAAUUCGCCUCUACUGGACCUUCAGCUUUGGCCUUUUUUUAGCCGUGCUUGGUGGAGAAUAAUUCACGCGUAAAAAUGCCCAAGAGAAAGUCUCCAGAAGGUCCUGAGGGCAAGGAGGCCUCCAAAGUCACAAAGCAAGAGCCCGUCAGAAGGUCACAGAGAUUGUCAUUGAGAUCUGCUCCACCUAAGCCUGAGGCCAAGCCCAGGAAGGCCAUUGUCAAGAAAGUGGCAGAUGAUAAGGGGGCGAAGGCAAAGAAAGGCGGCGCUAAGGGUAAGAAGGAUGACGGCCCCGCCCAGAACGGAGAGACCAAGACCAAUGAGGUAACUGAAGCAGCGGAGGAGGCGACUGAGGAGAAGGCGUAAAGACACGGGUGCGUCCACCCGACUCGCCCCCCUCUGACUCCACGGCAGCAAAGCAUCUUUUUUUACUGACGAUUUUUGUACCAUGCUGAAUUUUUUUUAGACUUGUGAUAGUAGAGACGGACAACCAGCAGCCCCAUCCCGUGACACGUCCACACUCCUCUCAGCUCCUCCUCACCCCCUCAGUAUGUUUCUGCUCCUCUCUCCUCCCUCCCUCCCUCCCUCCCUCCAUUCUGUAUCGCUCUACAGAAAGACAGAAUGAAGUGUUUUUAUCAGACGGCUGCAAAUGUUCUCCGUCUUGCCUGAAGGGGGCCGUAAACACGACUGUUAUGAUCUCUAAAACCAGCUCUGCUUGUAUUUUUAGUCUCUACGGAAGAUCACAUUGACACUCUGACUAUUUCUCCCCUGACGGUUUGUUCUUCAGCAGUUUGGAUGCAGAGCUACACGGAGAACGUCUGCAGCUUUUUUAAAAAUAUCGUAGUUUUUAGAAUCACCACUGUGUUUCACAUAGCUCCUUUUGUAUGUGUGUGCUGGAGUGAAUGUGUUUGUGGGUCUCUGUGUUCCCCCCUUCCUUUCCUUUCUCCUCUUUUUCCUCUUCCCCCCCUCCACCUCCUGAGCGCCUUGUCCUGCAGCAGAGUGACAUAGCAAUAAUGAGUGGUGCUUCUGUUCUAGACGGCUCUAUUGGCUUUGGACCCUCUGGGCUUCUCUUGAGUUUCAUCCUGUUGGGAGAAUAUUUUGAAAUAAAAGGAAAAGUUGA